AUGAUAAGAAAUGAACUGGAUGAAGAAUAUAAAUAUUUAUUUGAAGAAGCACAAGACCUGGCUAAAUCUACAGAAACUACAACAAAAAUGCCAAGAAUUACCAAAGGACAAAUAAAUAGAGCCAAUACUCCUGUUUCAUAUGCAUAUGACUAUUUUAAAUUAAACAUCUUUAUUCCAUUACUUGAUCAUUUUUUAGUAUCUAUUAAAGAUAGAUUUAAUGAACAUGUUAAAAAAGCAGCAGCUAUUUCAUCUGUCCUCAAUAUAUUGCUGAUAAAAUUUAUGAUGAUUUCGCUCCAGCGAUUGAAAUUUAUCAAAAUUUCUUGCCUGGUUCAAUGUCUCAAAUUAAAUCUGAAUUCCUGCUAUGGAAACAGAGAUGGACACAAAUUAUCAAAGAAAGCAGCUCCAUUCCAUUAUCAUCUUCUUCAAUCAACAACAGCACUGCAACAGUCACAAUGA